GGGAACAUGCACCGACUGAAGGGCUCCAGCAAUUAGCAUAUAUCUAUAGCCUCGCGCUCUCCGCCAUCCUCGGACCCAGUUGAAACGGUCGCCUUGAAUAUUGUGCGGCAACGCUGCGUGGUACUAUCCAUUGUUCGCAAUGACUAGGGGUCGCAAGAAGGACCUUACUAUUCCUCCCACACGGGCCCUUACCCAGCAACGAGAUUACCGGGCGCGGAAGGCGCAGUACCUUGCGGACUUGGAGGAGCGAUGCCGUAAAGCUGAGCAGGAGAAUGCAGAGUUGAAGAAAGAGAUAGAGGCGUUGAAGAUACAGACAGGCAUAUCGACUAUCGGCUUGCAGCUUACUCCAGAGAUGGUGCAGGCUACGAGACAACUCAUGGAGCAUGUGGCGGCCACUCAAGCAUCUCUGGGUCAUUUCCAGCGGCUUCUCAUGGGACAGCCCGAUGCACUCCAUAGUCAAAUGGCAAGCACUUCCACUUCCCCUCCGCCGAACGCGGUCCCGUCGGCGAGCGCCGUCGCAUUGCCCUCCGCGGCCUUCCAGCUUCCGCUGACCCCGCCGGCCGUCUCUCCCCAGACCCUAGCGAGGGAGGUCUUAUCAUCGCUACCUCACCUAGACAUUCCACCAGCAGCCAUGUCCGCGAACGGCCUCCCGGAACACAGUGGACGUGGCGUCGAAGACUGCGGCAAUAGCGUCACGGCCAGCAGUAGGAGCGAGAGUCCGAUGUCAGAAUGCUGUGGAGGCUUGAUGGAUUGUACGGGACUGGUUGAAAGUGAAGACGAAGCCGCAGCGCCUCGAGGCGGCUGUAAGCAGAAGACCUCCGAACUCCGCUCUACGUCCGGAGGGUCAGACAGAUAUGGGGAGGGUAGUUCGGGGAUUCCGCGACUUGGAUAAUUUUCACCUUGCAUGCGUCACUGCUUUCGAUGUUUCUCAUGUUGUUUUGGGAGUCACAUAUCUGUAUCAUAAGGCUCGUUGCUUUGUUAAGCAUGCAUAGAAUCCAUUAGUUCUUCUGACUUUCCAAUUCCGCCUCCUUGUCUGCACUGUCCCAGUUCAACCAUCGCCCUAAUAGCAAGGCUAGCCAUGUGAGGGCAAGCAGUACAGGGACUUCAACCAGUGGUCCUAUUGUCGCGGCCAGAGCUUGGUCAGAUCCGACGCCGUAUACUGCGAUAGCUACCGCUAUGGCUAGUUCCUAAGCUGUGAAGCUU